UUUCCAAAUGCGGCUAUGCUAUUAGAACGCCGCCGGCCAUCGGAGAGGAGCAGACAAUCAAUGAUGAAGGAAGACACACGGAAUCGUAAAAGGAAGAGAGGGAAGCGCCGCCAAAAACCCACCGCCUCUCCGCCUCCUAGCGGAGAUAAUGCUUCUUUUGCUAAGCACAAAUCCGGCGAUUCAUCCUCGGUUUCUGCCUUGCAAAGCAAAACCAUCUCUAAACCCAACAAAACUUCAUCAUUUAUCGAUAAGAUGAAGGCGAGAUUGUCAGGGGGACACUUCCGUAUGAUUAAUGAGAAGCUUUACACAUGCUCUGGAGACGAGGCGCUGAACUAUUUCAAACAAGAUCCGCAGUUGUUUAGUGUGUUAGUGUGUGAUGUAUUGAACUGGUUUGAUCUAAUAGAUAAUGUGUGAAUUCUUUGCUGCUGCAUUUCUUAUUGCUUUAAAUUUGUGGUUCAUC